ACAACUUAACUUCAUUAAAAGAAUUAAGUUAUAAUGUUGAAAUACCAGCACUAGAGAAAAAAAUUAAAGCAUUAAAAAAUUAUGACGAGUUACAAAGUAAAUUUAAUACAUUAUUUGAUACAAACAAAAAUUUAAGAGAAACAAAAUUUCAAAGUUCUAAGAAAAUCAAUGAGCUAAAUAAUAAAUUAUCAGGAAAAGAAAAACAAAUACUCUUUUCAAAUUCUAAAGAAGAUAAAAAGCAAAAAGAACUAUUUGAGAAACAUAUUAGAAAUUUUAGAGAGAUAGAAUUACAAACUAGAUUUUCAAUUGAACAGAAUAAUAAAAAACAUUUUGUGAACAAGAGAACUGAGAUUAUAAUCAAGAAAAUCCUGAAUGAUUUUGAGAUACGAAAAAAAACAUUAGAAAAAGAACAUGAAGCUGGUAGGUUAAUGAGAGAGACAAAUAUUUUAUGCACAAAAAGUGAUUUAGCGAUAAAUGAAAUUGCAACUAAGUAUGGAAAAGAUGUAGUACAAUUAGAAGCAGAUGUAGAAUAUAAAGUUGUUAAAUUAAAGAAUGAUAUUGAAUCCAAAAUAAAUUCUGAUUUGGAAAACCACAUAAAUUUUGAAUCCAAAAAAUUAAAGUUAGAGAAACAAAUUGAAGAACUAGAAAACAAUAGCGAUCUCAAAAUGUUGCAAACAAUAUUAAAUAAAUUAAGUCAAGAAAAUAGAAACUUAAGAAAAUUAAAUCAUGAAAACUCUAAUUACAUAACUAGCCAGAAAAGUGCUGAAGAAUUUAAAUUAAUCAAUCAACAACUUCAAAAGC